UUAAAUCCAAGGCAUACAUUCCUUUAGUGGAGAACAAUCAGGCUGGCACAGACACACGUGUGUGUGUGUUCAGGUUUGGUCAGUAGGAGGAGCCAAGGAAACCAGCUGACGGUCAACACAACAGUAGAGAGAGAGAGAGAGAGAGAGAGAGAGAGAGAGGAGCUGAGGAACAGAAACUCUGACUGGACCGUGAGGAGAAGGUAAAACUCUCCAGUGUUCAGGAGGAGUCAGACUUUAGAAUUAAAUAUUUGUCUUCUACUCUGUUCUACUGAACAAAAACUUUUUUAAUUUUCCUGUUCAUUACAAAAGUCCAUUUUAAUCUUCAGCUCCCCCUGUUGGUCACUGAUGGUUGUCCAUCCGGGAUCGUCAUCACCUCCUCUGUCUGCUGCGUCCAGACGCCACAUGGCCGCGGCCUUGGUCUUCAGACUCCACGACCGAGGCCCAGAGCUGGUCCGGGAGGUUCUCCUGGAGCGAGGGUGGGAGGAGUACGACAGCCAGGACCAUGAGGAUCAGGACUGGAACCUGUACUGGCGUGGUUCCACGUUCAGCAGCUUAGAAUAUCGUAACCUGCUGCCGUGGCAACGCCUCAACCACCAUCCCAAAACUGUUGGCAUCACACGCAAGGACUUCCUGGUUCGAAACUUGAGGCGAAUGAGAGCCACGUGCGGAUCUUCUCUCUACGACUUCAGUCCAACCGCCUUCAUCCUCCCCAACGACUACACCCGCUUUCUGGCAGAACACGAGAACCUGCACCUGAGCAGAGAACGGUCGGCCUACUGGAUAUGUAAACCCGUGGAUCUGUCCAGAGGACGAGGGAUCUUCAUCUUCCAGGACCUGAAGGACCUGGUCUACGACGGUCCCGUCAUCCUGCAGAGGUACAUCAGCGACCCUCUGCUGGUCUCGGGCUACAAGUUCGACCUGAGGAUCUACGUGUGUGUGAAGAGCUUCCACCCGCUGACGGUCUACAUCCACCAGGAGGGUUUGGUGCGUUUUGCCACCGAGAAGUACGACCUGUCGUCUCUGCGGAACCUGUACGCUCACCUCACCAACACCAGCAUCAACAAACUGGGCCCCUUCUACACGGCCUACAAGGAGCGGGUGGGACCAGGGUGUAAGUGGACCAUGAACAGGUUCAGGCACUUCCUCCAGAGUCAGGACGUGAACGAGCUUCUUCUGUGGCAGAGAAUCAACAACAUUGUGACUCUGACGCUGCUCACCAUCGCCCCCUCUGUCCCCUUGUGUGCCAACUGUGUGGAGCUGUUUGGUUUUGAUGUCCUGAUUGAUGGUAGGUUCAAACCGUGGCUGCUGGAGGUCAACUACAGUCCUGCGUUGACCUUGGACUGUCAGGCCGACUUCGUGGUGAAGAAAGCACUCGUUAGCGAUCUGAUUGAUUUGAUGAACUACUCCGCAUCGGACAGUUUACGACAGAGAGCCUAUCAGAACCGACAGUACCGACGUCCCGGGGCUUCAGUACCGAUCCUUUCAAAAUAUCCAGGCACCAAAUGUCAGAAGAUGACAGGAACAGACCAGCGUCUGGGACCUGGACCACUUCCUCGACCACGUCUGCUGCCCCCUGUUGACUUAAACAGAACCCACAACGUUGUGACAUCCUCAUCCUCCAGAACUCAACCAGACAAGACCCUGAACCUGAUACCGGGCCCCGGUUCAAGGUCAAACGUGUCGGCAGUUAACAGCCACGGUGGGGCAGGUCUGGCUCCGUGGCUGAGGGGCGACAGGUGUCGUCACAGGUCUGAGGUUACACAUCAUGACACCUGUGAAACUGGAGCGGCGCUGAAGAUCUCAGGAGACACAGACAUUUCCUACAGGACACCUGAUCUCCAACAGAGGAGGAGGCCGGGAUUCGAACCCUCCCGUCUGACCUGGAAGCUUCCCAGGAUCAACAGUAUGGAGACCGAGGCUCCUUCAGACAGAACCACGGGACUGAGGGAACAACACGUUCCUCCGGUCAGAGUCGGAGACUUCAUACGGACGUUCCCGUUCAACAGAGCCACUCGAAAGGCCUCGCAGCACACACUGGAUGUUAAGAAGGUUCUCCAGGAGCUUCAGAGGCUGACCAAUCAGCUGGUCCCGGGUCAGUCGGAGAAGACGAGCAGCCGGAGAACUGAGGAAGAGCUGAAGAAGAAAUCAGAGGGUGGAGAAAAGUUUGAGUCCCUGUUCUGGGGCCUGAAGGAUCCUCCAUUCAUCAGUCAGUGUUUGAGACACCAGGUGAACUGAUCUGAGACCAGCUCAGAGGUCACAUGAAGGUUAUCCUGAUCAACUGGUUCCUCAUACGGUUUUGAUGAAAUGUUGGAAAAAUAAAAAAAUGUUUUAGUACAUUUAGUACAUUUGUUUUACAAAUAAUUUUAUAGAUUAACAAAACUUGUGCCACUAAGAAUUUUUUUCUUAAAAUUUCUUAAAAUAAUUUUCAUUCUUUCUUGAUUUAAAACCUGUGUUUGAGUGACAUUUAUUAAUACUUUAUGUUGUGUUGA